AUGCCGACCAAAGAUUUCCGUGCAGAUUUGCAGGGAGCUACAGUCUUGCGUCGAUACCCACACUUAAGUCAAAUCACACAGGGCGAAUAUGAAGGUUCCAUAUCUUUCCACUUCCACCAUCCACGAUCAGGGACUGACGUUACUUUUGAUGUCGUGACCUCAGAUAUCUCUGAUUACCCAACGGAUCACAGCUUUGUGGUAUUCGUUAAAGCCGGCAGUGUUGUUCCAUCAGCAACGAAAGCUUUAGAGCGAGCCCAGGACCAGGGACUCCUCACUGGAAUUUCUAUUGAUGACGUCUUAAAAGCUGUCGAUCGUAUUAUGUGUCAUGCACUCUGUCACUCCGGCCCCAAAUCAUCUGCAAAUUCCGAGGAGAGCGAAGAGUCUGAAGACGAGUACGAAAAUGACUAUGAAGACGUUUCCGACGAUGAAGUUUUCGAGGGUAGUGCCCAACCACCCCUGCAGCAGUCACGCGAAUCUUGUUGUCAAAAGCUUAGAGCUGAUCUUCGUACCGUCAAAUGUGCAGGGUUUAGAGUUGGGUGCAUCAACGAGGCGGAAGGGACCAUCAUUGUGGCAAUAUCUCGUCGAGUUUCUCAACUCGGCAUAUCAGAGGAAGCGCUGCAGACAUGGAACGUGCUCCCUUCAGAGUACCUAGUUCUACUGGUUCGAUACCCGAGGCAAUAUCAAAAUAUGCAAGACAUUUUUAAUAUGCAUGAAUCUGCAGCGAAAUCGAUUGAGAUGCGUGUUGGCCUUUGCACAUCCUAUAAGCCUAACCCCCUGGCGGCUAUUAAGGCGUUUCAUAUGUUGCUAAAAUUGUCGGAAGGCGAUGUGAAUGCUUCAAAUACAUUGAACGGCAACUCAAUGGUCAAUUUUAGAGCCUUAUUCAUCGGAUCUGCUCUCAAAAGACUUCUCAAUGAACGUUUUCUGGGGAUUUUGCAGAUUCGAGAAAAAUCCAAAAUCUCAUGGACAGGGGCUGAGCUCUUCUUCCAAGCUGUUCAGGGACAGUCACUGGCCGCUGAAGAUUGCAUAGAUGCGAGGUUUCAUGUGCCUGACAGCUGGCUAUCACCGCCUCCAAGCGUUCUCAUCUCUGACCAUUUUGCGGAAACGGGACUUGACGUGACCAAAGCCUCAUUUCUCCUCGUCGCCUGGCAAUUUACCAUGCGUCAUUUCGUCAAAUGCACAGAGUUCUGCCUUGUGUGCCAUUGCAAAACGUUCGACAAUUUCGAGGCCUUGAAACCAUAUGUAUGUUCCAAUGGGCUGUGUCUCUACCAGUAUGUUAAUUACGGUAUGGGCCCCAGCCUAGAGUAUGAAAUUCAAUCGCAGCCUCUUGUUGUUGACUUCUUGAUUUCGUUGACAUAUGCUAGAGCAAUAUCAAGACGCCUUGAAGACUUCCCAGAUGGAUUAGGAAUCCGAGUCCCUUCGCUACUCGAUGAAGGAAAUGAAUUUAUGCAGUCGGUGCCACGUCAGCCAAUAACGAUGGCAGCACACUGGGAACCCAGAACUCAUGACAAGGGAUGGCUGCAUGCACCGACUAUGAAUCUGACUUGCUGCCAUGCCCCCAAGGUUGCAAUCGGUAGUUGGAUUGUUGUCAUUGAUAUCUACAACAAGGAUGCUACGGGGCGCUUCAAAAUAUUACAUUGUCAAGUUGAUAGUAUUGUAUCCCCGACGAGUUUUGUUCUCUCACGGCCAUUUGCCCUCGAUCAGCAGAUUCAACUUCAAGAUACUCUAUUUGCUAGAAGAGAGGUACAAUAUGUGCCCUAUGGCCAGAAUUUUGAUGACCUAACACCGAUGAACAAGCAAAGAGCCAUGGUAAUGCUUCUAGAUACACUUCCUGAUGUUAAAUCCAUGAAGAAGUUUUUGGGACCCAUUGGCUCUCAAAUCACUCUUUCAUCGUGGCACGGGAGAAUCAUACCAGCUGCUCUCGACUUUUUACGAUGGAUCGUCGCCUCAAAUAGAUCCUCCAUUCUCCAAGACGGUGAGGAUCUAAAUCAUCUAGUAACUGGAAUGCAGGGAUAUGCACAGUUUCGACUUGUUCAGGGGGCUCCUGACAAGGAGCAGCGGUUUAUCCAAGCUGUGAAGUCUGUAUCGCUGCCAGCAAGCCCAAAUCACCCAACAAUAUUUGCCUGGCAUGGCAGCCCUGUGUAUAAUUGGCACAGCAUUUUGAGAGAAGGCUUCCAUUUCAAACAGAUUGCUAACGGAAGAGCGUGCGGAAAUGGUGUAUAUAUGUCGAGCCAUUUUAGUACUGCAAUGGGGUACACUCGCGAGUCUGAUACAGGCGCCGCUAGUAGGUCUUGGCCGAACAGCGCGCUGGAUCUUCGAUGUGUAGUAUCCUUGAACGAGAUUGUGAACAAAACAGAUGAGUUUGUCUGCUGCAACCCUCAUUUUGUUGUUCAGAAUUUGGAGUGGAUUCAACCCCGAUACCUCUUUGUUGGGACCUCUGACGCCCUUAAAUCUCGGCUACCAGCCGUUGAGAACCAUGGAAAUAUGUCUGUGUCUGUGUAUAACCAAGACCCAAAACACCCAGCGCAUGGCCCAGACAGAAAAAUUAUUACAAUACCCCUUUCAGCAGCCAGCAGCCAGCGGCAACGUAUGAUCGUUACGGCCUCAAUAGAGAACACAUCAAGGAACCCGGUAACAAAGCAGAACAUAAUGCUAUCCCCCCAAGAACUGACGGAUAAGCCCAUCACUUUCAAUAGCCCUGAGAGUUGCGCGAGUAUUUCGACUGCAACGGAUGAUUUAAAUCUACUCUGCUCCGACUCCGAAGCAAACCCUGGAAGAAACGCUAAAACCCCGACAGGAAAUGAAAAGCCAUCGUUUAUUUCAAGCCCAGAACCCGCAACCGACUUUGUCCCGGGUACACUGACAGAGGAUUCUUUGCCACAACUUGCACAGCCACAAUACGCAACAAGACAAGCAACCACUAUCCUCCAAAGGCAUCUGAAAUCGACUCUUGCAGUUCAAAGCGCGGAACCAUUGGCUGAGUUGGGUUGGUAUGUGUACCCUAAUCUUAUCAAGACAGUGUACCAAUGGAUUGUGGAGCUACAUAGUUUUGACCCAUCUUUGCCGCUGGCAAAAGACUUAAAAUCCGUCAAUAUCCAAAGCGUUGUUAUUGAGCUUCGUUUCCCACAGCAAUUUCCCAUGAGUCCACCUUUCGUACGAGUCAUUCGCCCCCGGUUCUUGGAGUUUGCAUUCGGAGGAGGUGGACAUGUCACUGCCGGGGGAGCUAUGUGCAUGGAAUUACUAACCAACACUGGCUGGUCUCCCGCAACUUCUAUUGAAAGUGUCCUGCUGCAGGUCCGUAUGGCGAUCAGCGCUACGGAGCCACGCCCAGCACGUCUGGCUCCAGGGGGUCAUCAAAGGGACUACUCUGUCAAUGAAGCAACUAUGGCCUUCAAAAGAGCUUGCCUCAACCAUGGAUGGGAGGUUCCAAAGGAUAUGGAGCUCACUUCGUGGUGA